UAGAAAAGUUAGCAAUCUUUCUUUCUCCCUUUUGUAACAGUAAUACCACGGAUAAUAAGGUCUCUGAGUUUAGAAAGUUAGCAGAUGGAGACACCUGAACCACUCCAGAUACUUGGGAGAAACGAUAUAAAACGAAACACAUCCAUCUCCAUUCAUAAAUUUCUUAUCUUUUAGCAACAUGACGCUUACAACGCCCCUUGUUGACAACAGAAGCGAAAGGGAGAGAGCAAUCGACGAAUGGCUUCCGGUUACCUCCUCCCGGAACGCCAAAUGGUGGUACUCCGCCUUCCACAACGUCACCGCCAUGGUCGGAGCUGGUGUUCUCAGUCUCCCUUACGCCAUGUCACAACUCGGCUGGGGUCCUGGAGUAUCAGUACUGGUAAUCUCAUGGGUCGUAACUCUCUACACGCUCUGGCAAAUGGUUGAGAUGCACGAAAUGGUUCCCGGAAAACGAUUCGACAGAUACCAUGAGCUCGGGCAGCAUGCUUUUGGGGAAAAACUCGGUCUAUACAUCGUCGUUCCACAGCAGCUCAUCGUUGAAGUCGGUGUCAACAUCGUGUACAUGGUGACCGGAGGGACAUCAUUGAAAAAAUUCCACGAUCUGGUAUGUAACGACAGCUGCAAAGACAUCAGACUCUCUUACUUCAUCAUGAUCUUCGCUUCUGUCCACUUCGUCCUCUCUCAUCUCCCCAAUUUCAAUUCCAUAUCUGGAGUUUCACUCGCUGCAGCAGUCAUGUCGCUGAGUUACUCCAUUAUUGCGUGGUCGGCGUCUUUGGCAAAGGGUGUACAGCCGAACGUACAGUAUGGAUACAAAUCGAGUACAACAGCAGGGAAGGUUUUCAGUUUUUUUAGCGCAUUGGGUGAUGUUGCUUUUGCAUAUGCUGGGCAUAACGUGGUGUUAGAGAUUCAAGCAACGAUUCCUUCAACACCUGAGAAGCCUUCAAAGGGUCCCAUGUGGAAAGGGGUGAUUGUUGCUUAUAUCGUUGUGGCUGUUUGUUAUUUUCCGGUGGCCAUUAUUGGGUAUUGGGUGUUUGGAAACGAGGUCUCCGAUAAUAUUCUCAUCAGUUUGGAGAAGCCUACGUGGCUCAUAGCCAUGGCUAAUUUGUUCGUUGUUAUUCAUGUUAUCGGAAGCUAUCAGAUUUAUGCAAUGCCAGAAUCUGUAUGUUGCAUUAACAAUGUUCAUUGGGAUUUUGCUUCCCUUUCUUCGGUGGACUUUUGGGAUUCUUUGGUGGAUUUGCAUUUGCCCCAACAACAUAUUUUUUACCUUGCAUCAUGUGGCUUACAAUCUAUAAACCAAACAAGUGGAGCCUAUCUUGGAUUGCCAACUGGGUGUGUAUCAUACUCGGGGUUGCCUUGAUGAUUGUAUCACCUAUUGGAGGGUUAAGGCAGAUCAUUAUUGAAGCCAAAGAUUAUGAAUUCUUCUCUUAAAAGAAUUAAAGAGGCUAGCAUAGCAGAUUGAGUCAUAUUUAAAAGAAGCUCUUGAUGGUAUAUGGAAUAAGGAGCAAUUGUUUGAUUUGAUGGUGUUAUAAAUUAUUUUUAUAUGUAUAUGUGUUAAAAGUAUUAUGAGUUGAAAGAUUGUUUAGAAGGGAAAGUGGCCAUGGAAUCAGUCAAGGAAUUUACUUGCAAGAUGUUUCAACCCUUCCCUUGAUACAUUUAUUAUACCCACAUUGUGUAUGCAUAUCUGUAUAUGUAUUUCCACUGUAAAAUUAUAAAGAUAUUCAUGUGAAUUCAAUUCAAUUUGCUAUUUUUUUUUU